AUGGCAAAUGGCGCUUAUGAUAACCUAUUAACCUUCCACGUCGCCAACCCUAUCCAUUCCUGCCUUUAUUUACCUCCCUUCUAUUCUCUCGCCAUCUUCUGUCCUUUUGACCUCAUCAUGCUUCACGACGACCACCAGCGCCAGCCCCGGCGGCAGCCCUCUGUCGAUCUCUGUGCGAUCCUCCUCGCCGCCUUCCGGACCUCCCAUCUCCUCCCUCGCCUCUCUCCGGCUGGCUUGGCGUCGUUCCUCCUCGGGGCCUCGUUCAGCAUGAUGCUUGGCGGUUCCAUGACCUUCCUGCUCGGCUUUCUUUUGUUCCCCUGGGUGGUCGGACUCGUCAUGCUGCUCUAUCUGGUCGGCCUCGUCUCAAGUUUGUCCGGAUUGGGCAGGUCCAUUAUUUGCCGGAUUUCCCCUCUCGAAUCUCAGCGCGAUGUUAGAUCACCUAUUUUCUGAGCUUCUGACUUCUCGGAUGCGAAGUGGAGCUUUACCAACGGAUACGAGUCUCUCAUAGCUGCAUCCAGAUGCAAGUUUUUGUCGGCCAUGUACCAGCUUGCUCCAUUGUUGUAUCCAAUCUUCUCUGUCUAAAUUUCACAAUUUUCUCUGAUACAACAACGCAUCUGAACUGUUGGUCCUCAUGUUUUUCAGGACCUCCUCUAGUAGAUUAAACAUCGCCCGUCAUUGUAAAUAACUCAUUAGCAGUAAUACUUUUGAUGAAA